CAACAAGCAGCAAGCUGUUGGUAUAUAAUAGUUCAGAGACCCAGUGCUCGAGCUUUCAGCAUCAGAGCAUGGCUCAAUACCAGUUACACCAGCAUCACUAAUAAGAGGUUAUUCAGAGAGGGAAAGGAUAUUCAGGACUUAUUCCAAAGGAGCCGGAGUCUGAUUGCCUGGAGUGCGAUUGCAUCAACGUCUGAAUCGACCCCAGUGAGAUUCAACUCCACGCUCCUGUCGUUCACACCAUGGAGGUCCUACGUUCUUUCAGCUCCGCCUCUUCCUGCCCAGACAUGUACAACUGGACUAGCAACAGUCUCAUCCUGGGGCAUUACAACUUCACCGGGCGCCUCCAACACCGCAAGCCCUCAAAGAGCGGCAUCAGCGCCGUCACCAUCCUGUUCCUGUGCUUCAGCGUCUUCAUCAUCCUGGAGAACCUCAUGGUGCUGUUGGCGGUACUCUUCCGUGUACGCAUGCGUCAUCGCUGGAUAUUCAUCUGCAUUGCCAACAUCGCCCUGAGCGACCUAUUGACAGGAUCCGCCUACGUGGUCAACAUCUACAUGUCCGGUGAACGCACCUUCAAGUUAAGCCCAGUUCUGUGGUUGUUCCGUGAAGGACUUUUGUUUGUAGCCUUGGCAGCGUCCAUAUUCAGCCUGCUCUUGAUUGCCGUCGAGCGCUACGCCACUAUGAUGAAGCCCGUCCACCAGAAAACCGCCACAAAGACUUACCGAAUCUACAUAAUGGUGGGGCUGUGCUGGAUAACAGCCUUAAUAAUUGGCUUCCUUCCGCUGAUGGGCUGGAACUGCGUUUGUGACCUAAGAAGUUGCUCUACACUUCUACCGCUCUACUCCAAGAGCUACAUCUUGUUCGCCCUGGUCAUCUUCUUCAUAAUCCUGCUCACAAUUGGUGCACUUUAUUUUGCAAUCUACUGCCACGUCCGCAGUAGCACAGAGGCGACAUCGGUACGCAAAUGCAAGCGUUCGCUGCGCCUUCUGAAGGCUGUCAUCUCCAUCGUGGGAGUCUUCAUGGUGUGUUGGGGACCAUUGUUCAUCCUCCUGUUGGUGGACUUCUUCUGCUACUCUCGCAAUUGCAGUACGCUCUUCAAUCCUGAAUGGGUCAUCGCCCUGGCCGUGCUCAACUCCGCCAUGAACCCACUCAUUUACUCGUUCGGCAGCCUGGAGCUGCGCAAAGCCAUCGCGUCGCUCCUGUGCUGCUGCUGUCUGAAGGCGGGACUGUGCGACCCCAAGACCUUCAUGUCCAAGGAGACCUCCAGCACCUCGGGGAGUCGACACAGCAGCUUGCGCAACAGCUUCAGCAAGGUGCGAAACCUGAGCACCAGCCCUCCGCCCGAACUGAGGAACGGCAAGAAAACACGCCUCAGCUCCACCACUUCUUGUUUAUCUGCAUCAAGCGGUUAGGCAGGUGUGUUUCACCUUCGCCACAGGAACUGCACCUCCUCAAACUCUCCAUCAUUGUGGCUUCAGGGCUGGUUCAGUUGUUGUGGGUUAAACGUCAGCUGGUGUGAGUUUCCGUGCUGAUGGUCAAAUUAUGCAGAAGGGACUUUAAAUGUGAGCAGAUAUGCAACAAAAACAUUAAAAAACAAAUAAAAAAAUCAUGCAACUUGAGAAAUGCAUUUCUGUACAUUUGAGCUGAAUGCAAAGCAAUGCAAUCAGAGCUGUAAAAUUCUCAAAUACAAACUGCCUUUUUAUUGUUGUUUUCUACAAGAAUGUAAAAGUAAUAUAAAUAUUAUAAUUUAAAUAUAUAAAAAGUAUAUUUUCAUAUUGCACAUAUAUUUUGUACAAGCACAUGUAAAACUGUUUUAAAGUUUUCAGGGCAAUAUUUUAAAUGUAUGCACUGUCAAAAUUGUGUUAAGGAAAUAAAAAUGCAUUGAUUGCUA